AUGCAGGCCGCUCUUGCACCCUUCCUCCAAGUCCAUGCCACAGGUCUGGCCCAGCCAGUCGCCGAGUUUCUCAGUCCUUUUGCGCCAGUACAAAAUCCUGGUCGACUUUACGAGUUCUACCGCGCGUCCAACGAUGAGAGGGUUGAAGGUGACGUUCGAAAUGCACUCAAAUACAACAAAGGCACACGCAUGUCGGCGAAGGAGAGCAAUGCAUGGGUCGACAUCAUCGUAUGCUACUGGCGUGCCGUGAAGGAGAUCAUAAAAGCAGACGAGGCGGCCAACCAGGGCAAACUAGGAGACCGCCAGUAUAUCGCUGUGUAUGAUGCCUGGAAAGACCUGACAAGUAGUUUUAUCAAGCACAUCUCAGGCGGACUCCUGCCGCCAUGGGCUAUCUUUACACUGUAUUUCACGGCAAACCACCUGAGGAAGAUUGCUAUCAAGGCAGAUCAGUAUCUGGCCAAAGCAAAGCCAGCGACAUUCAAUGCUGGCUUCUCAGACGAUAUCGUGAGCACAGCUGCACGGAAUGAGAAGCUCGAGGAGGCGGCACGAGUGUUCAAUAGGAUAUUUGCUCUUUGUCUUGGUGACAGAAACCCAGAUUUGUCCGAGUCCCGCAAGUGGGGCGUCUAUUGCAUAGCCAAUCUUCAAUUCAAGACGUACUUCAAGCUAAACGCUAUCAGUCUCUCGAAGAACGUUGUCCGAUCGAUUGAAGCACAGCAUGAUCUGCCGCCCUUUCAACUAUAUCCGAAAGCGCAUCGUGUUACGUACAGAUAUUACACUGGUGUUCUCGCCUUCUUGCAGGAAGAUUACGCAAAGGCAGAGAAGAGCUUGCAAGAGGCUUGGGAAUCAUGCUGGGUGCGAUCCGAGCAGAACAAGUCGCUGAUUCUCACAUACCUCAUACCCUGCCGUCUCAUCACGCAGCACUCCGUCCCUACGGCUGCUCUCCUCGCCGAGUCACCACGUCUAGAACGCAUAUUCGGACCGCUCGUGUCCUGCAUCAAGCGAGGCGACCUCACAGGCUUUGACAAGGCCCUCGCAGACGGUGAGCCCGAGUUUGUCAGGCGACGCAUCUUUUUGACUCUCGAACGAAGUCGCGACAUCGCUCUGCGGAAUCUCCUCCGGAAAGUGUACUUGGCUGCGGGCUUUGAUGACUUGAAGGAAGGACAAACGGACAAGGACAGAAUCAGGAAGUCUAGAAUCCCUGUCGUGCAUUUUGCGGUUGCCCUUAGUAUGGGUGGCCAGACAGUGGAGGACGACGAGGUCGAGUGUUUGCUGGCAAACCAGAUCUACAAGGGGCUCAUGAAGGGAUACAUCUCAAGGGAACAUGCAAUCGUUGUCAUGAACAAAAAGGGCGCAUUCCCUGGCACAAGGGUCUGA